GGUUGAAGUUGUGAUAUAUAAACUCAGAUCAUUUUGAUCUGCAGACAGAGAGAGGCAAACUUCCAUCAACAAACUCGAAGGUUCAUAUUAUAGGUGGAAGAACGUGAAGGUGUUGACAUGAAGUUGGGGCUGCUGGUAGUGUUGACCGUGACGGUUCUGGUGCCCAGCCUGUCUGAGGGCCGGACCGUCUCCAAAUGCGAGCUGAAAGAAAAGCUCGGGGCGGCGAUCACCCUGUCCAGAAGCCUUCAAAGAUUCAGGGAAAGAAUCCUGGCUAUAGUUAUCUGUGAAGUGGACAGGGCGUCCCGCCUGAACACCGGCCUGGUCAAGGUGUACGGCAAACGCAGAACUACAACGACAGUCAGGCCAACAACAACGGUCACAACUCUCUCAACACCACGAGUCGAUAGAACAACCACCGAGACAACGACCACCGCGACAACUACCACCGAGACAACGACCACCGCGACAACGACCACCGAACCAACGACCACCGAGACAACGACCACCGAACCAACGACCACCGAGACAACGACCACCGCGACAACGACCACCGAACCAACGACCACCGAGACAACGACCACCGAACCAACGACUACUGAGACAACGACCACCGAACCAACGACUACUGAGACAACGACCACCGAACCAACGACUACAGAGACAACGACCACUGAACCAACGACCACCGAGACAACGACCACCGAACCAACGACCACCGAACCAACGACCACAGAGACAACGACCACAGAGACAACGACCACCGAACCAACGACCACCGAACCAACGACCACCGAGACAGCGACCACCGAGACAGCGACCACCGAGACAACGACCACCGAGACAACGACCACCGAACCAAUGACCACCGAACCAACGACCACCGAACCAACGACCACCGAGACAGCGACCACCGAGACAACGACCACCGAGACAACGACCACCGAACCAACGACCACCGAACCAACGACCACCGAGACAGCGACCACCGAGACAGCGACCACCGAGACAACGACCACCGAACCAACGACCACCGAACCAACGACCACCGAGACAGCGACCACCGAGACAACGACCACCGAGACAACGACCACCGAACCAACGACCACCGAACCAAACCUUCUGGUUCGCAGACGAAAGUGGGAGGCUGACAAAUCCAGCGAGGAGUCUGACACGACAGAGAUGGAAAGCCUGAAGGAACUGCUCGAAGACAAGUUCGGUGAGGAUGACGACGGGAGGAGCGAUGAGGACGAUAAGACGCAGUCCUCCCAGCCUCCCAGACACAAGAGGAGCCUUAAGUCCCUCGGCUAUUAUGGACUCUUCCAGCUGACUGACAGCCACUUCUGUAAUUCUGGUUAUCUCUGGUCCAGAAAUACCUGUCGUACAACCUGCACAGCCUUCACCGAUGACGACAUAAUGGAUGACAUCGAUUGCUUUGUGAAGACUGGUUACUGGCUGGACGUAUUGAAGAACGCCUCUCACCAGUGUUAUCGCACCAAGAACUACUUCGACCAAUGUUAUUGAGCAGCUGUCACAACACAUUUUCUACCCGCAGGAUGCGCUUUGAACCGCAUCCUAAUCUCCCAAACAUUGUGAAGAAUUUUUUUUUAAAAAGUCACUUUAAUAAAUCAGUGAGUUUUCUUUACUACAGUCAUUUUGUUUUGGUUCGUUUGUGGGUGAAUUUGUUCUCAAAAUCACCAGAACUUGAGGUUAAACUGACAAUGUAUCUCUGUCAUUUUAAUAGUUUUGGCGAUAUUGUGUAAUCACUAUUGUGAAUAGUGAUUUUAUUCCUGAAGAAUAUUAUUCUUGUAUCUUCCGCUCUCUGUAAUCUUCGAAUAAACGUGUUUUGCUGUUUGA